AUGGGUGUAAAAUACCUUAUUUCGUUUCUUCGCCGAUUUACACCAAAUUCUAUUAAGAAAGUUAAUGAGAAAGAAUUAAGAUAUAAAACGUUAGCAAUUGAUGGUACAUUACUUAUUCGUCGUAUGUUUUCAUCGCCUUGGGUCCCUACAUUGGAUAAAUAUCGUCAUAUUGUAUGGACACUUUAUCUAGCAAGAAUUUGUAGAUUUUAUAAAGUAAUACCAAUUGUUGUGUUUGAUGGACAACGUCCUGUCCCAGAAAAAAUUGAUGAACGAAUUAGAAGAAUAAAUAUUAAGGAGGAUAAUAGAAAAAAUUUUGUAGAAAACAUAAAUCAAGCUGCUCGCUUGAAAAAUUUAAUGGAAAUUGCAUAUCAAAUGUCAAAAUUAAACAUACAAGAUAGAAAAGUUAUUGAUUUACUUUUAAAGAAAGCAAUUUAUGUAUAUAACAAUUUUAAAUGUGAAAUCUCUGGUUCAAAUUCCUAUGGAAGCGAUUUAGGAAUAAAACUGCAAAUAUGGAUAGAAAAUGAAUUUUCUAUAUAUAAAAAUGGAAAUUCCAGCUUAGAAAGUCUUUUAAAACAGAUAAUUGAUUAUAUUUAUAAGAUUUCUUUGGGCUCAACUGCUGAACUAACAUCUGAACUUUCUACAUUAGUUAAUUUAUUAGAUCCAGAUAUUGCAAACAUGGUUAGAGAUAACUUAGAAAAACAACAAAUGUCUAUGAAUAUGCUUAUUGAAAAAUUAUCUCGUCGUUUAUCUGUUCCAACGUGGAAACAAAUUAAUCAAACAAAAACUAUUUUUAAAAUUCUUGGAAUGACUGUUUUGACAUCUCCUCCUGGAUAUGAAGCAGAAGCUGUUGCAAGUUCUUUAGUUAAUAAUGGGAUUGCCGAUUUUGUUGUAACAGAAGACACUGAUACUUUAUUAUUUAAUGCUAAGAUGCUUCGAGGUUUUAUGUCAAUGAAAAAUUUGGUUAAUAGAAAUGGAAAGAAUAAUUUUUUUUUAUCUUCAAAUAUGUAUAUGAUUGAUCCUAUUGAUGUUCGAUUAAAUUUGGGUAAUAUUUCUGCAAAUUCGUUUAUUGAUUUUGCAAUACUAUGUGGAACAGAUUUUUGUAAAACAAUAAAAGGAUUAGGAUGUCUUGGGGCCUUUUUUCUUAUUCAAAAAUAUAAAAAUAUAGAGUUGAUUUUAGAAAAUCUUUCUAAAUUUAAGACAAAAGAUGGUAGGCAGAAAUAUGUUGCUCCAGAAAAUUAUAUUCAAGAAGUUCAAAUUGCUAGAAAAGUAUUUACGCGUGUUCCACAUAUGCAUUUUUUUGAUCACAAAUUAAUAAUUCCUGAUACUUUAUUAUUUAAUAUUACAGAAAAUGACUGGAAAGAACUUGAGAAUAGUAUUAUUGACAAGUAUAAAUUAAAACAAUCAAAUUUAUCAUUUUUUUCUACUUUUUAG